UUUAUUCAUCAAGGUUCUUCGAACUGUUAAGUCAUUCUGGUCUCUGAGCUCCAGGCUUUUACAGUUGGACACACCUAGCCAGUGCCUCAGAUUGAACCAUGACUGUCUUUAUGAUAAAUAUGUGGAACAUUACUGAUUGGUGGGAGUCGGCUGAGGAUGAAUUUGGAGACUUCACUGGCACACCACCCACAGAAAUAUAUAGUCCCUGUAAGAUAGACACUGAGACACUCAACAAGUAUGCCGUGGUCGUCAUCUAUGCCUUGGUCUUUGUGCUGAGCCUGCUGGGAAACUCCCUAGUCAUACUCGUUGUCUUAUACAGUCAGAUCGGCCACUCUGUCACCGACGUCUACCUGCUGAACCUGGCCAUAGCUGACCUGCUCUUCGCCCUGACCUUGCCUAUCUGGGCUGUCUCCAAGGUAAAGGGCUGGAUCUUUGGCACACCCCUGUGCAAGAUCGUCUCGCUCCUGAAGGAAGUCAACUUCUACAGUGGUAUUCUCCUACUGGCUAGCAUCAGCAUGGACCGCUACCUGGCCAUUGUCCAUGCCACCCGCAGGCUGACCCAGAAGAGGCACUGGGUCAAGUUCAUAUGCUUAGGCAUCUGGGCCCUGUCCCUCAUCCUGUCCCUGCCCAUCUUCGUCUUCCGCAGGGCCAUCAAUCCCCCCUACUCCAGCCCAGUCUGCUACGAGGACAUGGGUACCAAUACAACAAAAUUGCGGAUAGUGAUGCGGGCCCUGCCCCAGACCUUUGGCUUCAUCGUGCCCCUGAUGAUCAUGCUGUUCUGCUAUGGGCUCACCCUGCGCACGCUGUUUGAAGCCCACAUGGGGCAGAAGCACCGGGCCAUGCGGGUCAUCUUUGCUGUCGUGCUCGUCUUCCUGCUCUGCUGGCUGCCCUACAACCUGGUCCUGGUCGCAGACACCCUCAUGAGGCUCCAGGCCAUCGAGGAGACCUGUCAGCGCCGCAAUGACAUUGGCCGUGCCCUGGAUGCCACCGAGAUUCUGGGCUUCUUCCACAGCUGCCUUAAUCCCCUCAUCUAUGCCUUCAUUGGCCAGAAGUUUCGCCAUGGACUCCUCAAGAUCAUGGCCUUCCAUGGGCUCAUCAGCAAGGAGUACCUGCCCAAGGACAGCAGGCCUUCCUUUGUUGGCUCUUCUUCAGCGAACACUUCUACUACUUUCUAAGCACCCCCUGCCCCGGUUGCAGUCCCUCAGGGCUCUCCCUCGCCAUCAGCAUCCCGUUCCAAACCUCAUGUCCACUGGCUGUUCACAGUCUCUGUGUCAAGGCAGCUCCCAGCUGUGGUUCCAGGGAGUUGCUGGGGCCACGUCCUUUUCAGGCCCAUUGUAUGGUUUAGGGAGCCUGCCCUGCUGCCCCACCCCUUACUAUAGCUACAGUGUCAGCUGCUAGAGCUCACUGAGCCCACAGCACUCUGUUCUCUGAGGCAGCUAAAGAUGUUUAAAAGAUAUCCUUUUAAAUGACACCAGAAAGUUCCUACCAUUGGGAGCCUUUAGUGGCAAGCGGCAUUAGUAGCUGCCCCAACUCUCCCUUUCUUGCUUGCCAGCAAAGCCCUCCUCCCUUGAGAGAGGCUGAAAAGGACAGGUACUCACUUCUAAAGACUCCCUUAAGCUAGGAGUGGCCCUGUCAUUCACUUCUGACUGCUGAACUUUCAGGACAAUGGUGUGCUGGGAAACCACUCUACUGGGGGAAAGAAAUCUUGGUCUGUAGCAUUUGCCAGGUGACCUGGUGUAAAUGCCCCCACCACGGUGAUUUCAAGGGUUUUCAAGUGUUUGGCAACCAGCUCACAAAAAUCUAGGAAAUGUAAUGAGCUGCUUUCACAAGCAGGUACAAACUGGCUUCAGCACACCAUUGCUUAAGAGGAAGUCUACUGGGGCCAGGGACUCCUGGGAAAUACUCCUGAUUGAAAAAAGAAAUGCACACACACACACACACACACACACACCCUUGUUUCAUUCUUGCCUUUGAAUAUGGUUGUAGGAUAUGAUGUGACAGAGAGGCAACAAGUAUGCUCAACACACUGAGGCAGAUGGAGCGGGUGAGGACAAAGAGCCCAGAAGGAAACCUAAGCAUAAAUGGUCAAAUGAUUUUCAACAAGGGGCACCAAGAUUAUUCAAUGGGGAGAGGAUAGUCGUUCAACAAAUGGUGUUGGGCAAAGUAGCUAUCCACACACACAGGAACGAACUUGGUCCCUUUCCUUACACUGUCUACAACAGUUAACUCAAAAUGAGUCAAAGACCUAAUAAUAAGCUGAAUCUAUAAAACUCUUAGAAGAAAAUACAAAGGAAAUGCUUCAUCUGGUUUGAGGUUGGGGAUGGAGAGAAGUUCAGAGAUGAGGUUUAGAUCAAGGUUGAGACUGGAAUCAGGGAUGAGGUUGGAGUUAGAGGUGAUGCAGCAGGGAGCCAGAGAUGGGGUGGCAGCUUGGGACAAGGUGGAAGGUAAGAAAAGGAUGAGUGUCAGGUACAGGAGGAAAUGCAGAAUAAGGAGAAGCUGAGGCUGGGGUUAAUGAUAUUCAGGGAAGUUCAAUGGGGUUGGGACUAGGUAUGGAGUGAAGUAUAGGAAUGGGAUCAGUGUGCAGGUGUGGUGACGCUCAGGGAGAGAUGUUAGAACUGGGGUGAAUGUCAGGGGCUACUCCAGUUAGAGACAUCACUGGCAGAGUCAUCAUUUUCUGGGGAGCAUUGUCUAAGAUGUUAUCUGGGGUCCAGGAUGGAGGUACCUUGGCUGUUCAACUGAGGCUCUCCAAGUGGAUUGAUGAGAAAAGCUGGAAGAAUGCAGAAGAAAACCAGGGAGGAAGGCUGGCAACUGGGCCUGGGAACCUCCCCUUCCUUCCCUCUCUCCCUUCCUCCCUCCCCUAAUGCACUUCCACCUCUCCUGUGACGUGCUUAAAUGCCCAUCUUCCUUCAUCCUCUGCUGUCCCAAAGACAACUUGGUCAGGGGCUUCAGUAAAUAAACAUAGAUCCUUAUUGGGUCUGGGGAAAUGCAAAUGACUAAUAUAUAUCUGAAAAGGCCAAAACUUGGCCUCGAUAGGAACCUGGGAAGUGGGAAUCAAACAGCAAUAAAAUAACUUGAAAGUGUUUCAAA